AUGAGCUAUCCUAUAUCCUAUGAUGGUCAUUGCCCUUACUGCCAUUCCAGUGAUAUCUUGUAUAUAGUAUUAGUCAAGAAUGACGAGAACAAGAAAGAAGUAAGACAGUCACCAACAGAAUUGAACUUGGAGGAAAAUUCCAAUCAAUCCACUACGUGUCCGUUGUCGGAGAACCACCGCAAGGAGCAAAGUGAAGAUGGAAAAGCAGCAACAACGUUGUCCGAUGAUAAGUCGCAACAACAAGACAAGAAUGAAACUGACAAGGACAUCGAGAACAACGAUACAGCUGCUUUAAAAGAGGAAAUAGAGACAGAUACACCCAAAUUGGACUCGUCUACCAACAAUGACCAUUUACCCGAUAUUAUUGAGUCCCUGCUAAAGUUAGGCCUUGCUUAUAAAGUACCUGAAGAUAGAGACUCCAAUGAAAUUCCAUCAUUUCAAUGUCGUUCGUGCGGCUAUGGUUUUAAUCUCGAUUGGUCAAAGAAUAGCUUGCAAUCAAUCUUCAAAGCUAACCUGGAUAGCGCAGAAAAAGGCUUGUCUGCACAAUCAAGCGACCAAAGUGAUACUGCUCAAAGUGGUCAAGUUGAUGCAACCAACUUUGAUUAUAACACAUACUACCAGUAUUAUCAAUAUAUUCAUCAAUAUGGAGCACAGCCGUCUACCGUAAAUUCAGUCCAAUCUGAUACUGCAAAUGUAAAAGAUGCUGUUGAGAAAACUAACGAGAAUGUGGAUGGAGAUACAGCAAAUCCUGCUCAUGCCAACCAAAAGUUGCCCGACGCAGCUGAUAAUACUACGGCAAACAUAAAUGCACUAUCGUCCUACGCCGAUUACUAUGCCUACUGGCAGAAUUACUACUCUAUGAUGAAUCAAAAUACAGCUCAACAGCAAUCGUCAGCGAAUGCUAAAACAACUGUUAGCGAAUCACAGAGCCAAUCAAAAUCAAAAUCAAGCUACACGACAGAGUAUAAAGAUUAUUCCGUUAGUGCUUUCUUUAAUAGCUCUACUGGUAGAUUUCAAAAAAUGUCUGACGAUCAACAUUGGACUAGCAAGGGUCUUCCAUCAGAUCGUGACUUCCGACAAAUGGCACACUACUUCGAUCCAAAUACUCUAAAUGAAAUUUCUGUCAAUGAAAAGCAAAAGAUAAAAAAGAAACGAAAAUUACCCCAAGAUCAAGUUCAAAAAUUAAAAGAAGAGAAAAAAUUGAAAAAGCAUAGAUCAUUAAUGAAGUCACUUUUAUCAUAA